CGCGGAGUAAGCAACGGAGUCUCGCUUUUAGAUCGCAUCGCCGCAGUGAGCGCCCGCAGACCUGCGGCAGUUAAAGCGCGCUGCCAGUCCUGUACUCUUACCGGACCCGGGGAACCGGACAGCUGGACUGUCGCGGUUUUCCCGUCAUCGGAGCGGCAAAAACGGGGAAAACCAGCUAUUGACUGGGAACCGGUGGGUCACCUGCACACCUACCCGUACCGUACCUCUUAUAUGUUUUUACGGGUGACAGAACACCUGCCUGCCGUGCUCUCAGGGGUCUACAGCUCAGACAGUGCCCUGACGGACGGACGCGUAUUGCAUCGGAGAGUUCUCUGUGGAUCGGACUCUACAAUCGAACUGUAAGGUUAAGCGCAGCCUGUCAUAAAUACAUCGAUGCUUAUAUAAAUGGGUCAUUGAUUCUUUUAAUGUAACUGAAGCGGUGUCGUAUGGAGAAGUAAAAAGAUGAUACGAAUGGGACAGCUGACAGAAACCUAUUUAAUGGACCAUAUGCACUAAUGGGUACUUCUUAAUCUAAACACCGGUUGAUUAAACGAUACUUAAUGGGAGGGUCAAAUGUACACCAUCAAUCUAGACGUAGCAGAUUUCGUGCAAAACAACAGACCGGCUGGCAAGCAAAAUCACAACCCUUGAUCAAUGGGGUGUACCUUUCAAGAAAUAACUCGCCAAUUUCCAGCAACGUUAAAACGAUCUUCCUGCAAGAGAAUCCAGUGUAACCAACGUAAGCGUCUCUUACACGCGCUUACUGAUGCGCCCUGCCAUUUAAGGAUUAAGCCUUGGAUAUUUCAUUUGAAUUUUGUGUUAUUUUUCUAGGUCGCCUUAUGUCUUUCAGUUCUCGCGGAUUUGCACAAUUGGCUUUUGUAUCUGGCGAAUCCCCGUGGCUUGUCUGUAGAACAGAAAUGGCAAAAACAGAUCAGUGAUCACACCUUCAAAGACCGCCAAACCACUGGACCACUAUGGGGCCAUCCUGAGGGACAAAAUUUCAGGUGAACCUUCUGCGUGACUGGCAGAUAGGCCUGCUUUUUAUUUCGCUUUUCCAUUCCAGAAAAUUACUGCUUAGCAGGAAACAAUAAAAGGUUCAACGAAAUGACGACCGAAAGCUCCACAAUAAAGAGCCGGAUUAAAAACCUUCUGCGCUCUCCGUCCAUUAAAUUGAGGAGGAAUAAAGCGGCAACCGGCAAGGAGAACCUCGGCAGUAAGGUGACACUGGAGAAAGUUCUGGGCAUCACCACAUCAGGAAGCAGUGGGCUGGCCUGUGAUCCACGCUCAGGUCUGGUUGCAUACUCUGCUGGGUGCGUAGUUGUAUUGCUCAACUUGAAGAAGACCAAACAGCAUCACAUUCUCAAUAGUUCCAGGAAAACAAUCACGGCUCUUGCAUUUUCUCCUGAUGGCAAAUACCUUGUUACUGGAGAGAGCGGGCAUAUGCCAGCAGUGCGUGUGUGGGAUGUGGCUGAACGUGCCCAGGUGUCUGAACUGCAGGAGCACAAGUAUGGUGUCGCCUGUGUGGCUUUCUCACCUAAUGGCAAAUACAUUGUCAGUGUGGGCUACCAGCAUGACAUGAUCGUCAAUGUAUGGUCCUGGAAGAAAAAUGUGGUGGUGGCAGCCAACAAAGUUUCCAGCAAAGUGACCGCCGUGUCCUUUUCUGAAGACAGCUCCUAUUUUGUCACUGUUGGCAACCGGCACGUCAAGUUUUGGUACCUGGAACAUGCCAAGUCAUCUAAGGUGACUUCCACAGUGCCCCUACAGGGUCGGUCCGGCCUCUUAGGUGAACUGCGCAAUAAUUUCUUCAGUGAUGUGGCCUGUGGACGAGGUCGCAAGGCGGGCAGCACUUUCUGUAUCACUUCGUCUGGUCUACUAUGUGAAUUCAAUGACAAGCGAUUGCUGGACAAGUGGGUUGAACUCCGGAACACAGACAGUAUCACAACAACCCUGGCAACUUCCCUUUCAGUGAGUGAAGAGCUGAUAUUCUGCGGAUGUGCCGAUGGAACAGUUCGUGCCUUCAAUCCAGUGAAUCUUCAUUUCAUCUGCACACUGCCUAGGCCACAUAGGCUAGGUGUGGACAUUGCUACAGUAACAGAUGCCAGUCAUCUGUUCUGCACCCAGGCAGAUGCCCGCUAUCCAGAUGUGUUGGCAGUGACCUAUGACCCCACAAACCGGUGGCUGUCAUGUAUUUACAAUGAUCACAGUCUCUAUGCCUGGGAUGUCAGGGAUCCCCGGAAAGUAGGCAAGGUCUACUCAGCUCUCUACCAUGCAGCUUGUGUCUGGAGUAUUGAGGUGUACCCUGAACUACCUGACAGUAGUCAAUCCCGGUUGCCCCCUGGCUCAAUUCUUACCUGCUCUGCAGAUAACACAGUCAGGCUAUGGGACCUGGACAACCACAGUACAAUGCUGACCCGCAAUGUCAUCAGCAAUGAUCUCUUGAAGAUCAUCUACAUGGACAACAAUACCUCAUUCCUGCUAGACACUGAGUGUAAUGCUGGAAGUGCCUCAGAGAAGGCAGAGUCCCAGACUGCAGAUAUCAAAGCUGGAAUACGCACUUUAUGCAUUAGGCCUGAUGGACAACAUUUGGCAUCGGGGGACAGGACUGGCAUCUUGAGGGUUCAUGAUUUGAAGACCAUGGAAGAGAGUCUUAAGGUUGAGGCCCAUGACUCGGAAAUACUCUGUCUGGAGUACUCAAAGCCUGACACUGGUCUCAACCUUUUGGCAACUGCAAGUCGAGAUCGGCUCAUCCAUGUCCUGGAUGCUGGGAAUGAGUACAGCUUGUUACAGACACUUGAUGAGCAUUCCUCAUCUAUAACAGCAGUCAAGUUUGCUGCCAAUGAAGGCAAAGUCAGAAUGAUCAGCUGUGGUGCAGACAAGAGCGUCUAUUUUCGCACAGCACAGAAGAACAACGAGGGCACAGAGUUCACACGGACUCAUCACAUUGUUCGUAAGACAACACUGUAUGACAUGGAUGUGGACCCCACAUGCAAGUAUGCAGCCAUUGGCUGUCAGGACCGCAGCAUCAGGAUAUUCAACCUUAGCAGUGGCAAGCAGAAGAAGCUAUAUAAAGGAUCUCAGGGAGAGGACGGCACCCUCAUCAAGGUUCAGACUGAUCCCUCUGGGCUGUACAUUGCUACCAGCUGUUCAGACAAGAAUAUUAGCAUUUUUGACUUCUACUCAGGAGAGUGUGUGGCCACUAUGUUUGGACAUUCUGAAAUUGUCACGGGAAUGAAGUUCACCAAUGACUGCAAACACCUGGUUUCUGUCUCAGGAGACAGCUGUAUUUUCAUCUGGCGCUUGAACCCAGAGCUCACCAUCAACAUGAGACAAAGACUUUCAGAGUUAAAGCAAAAAAGCAAAGCAUCCCAAAAGAUGUCUCCACGACGGCAUUCUGCAUUUAGGCAAGAGAUCUACGAUAUGCCCCCAACUGUAACAAUGUCAUCAGACAGUGACAAGGAAGCAGAAGAUGAUAUACUAGAAGAAGAUGAAAGCCUUGAAAAAGGGUUACCAUAUAUAUCUAAUUCUGACAAAUUGGAAAAAUCAGGUUUAAUAGAAGAAAACCAGGAUACAUGGACUGUUCAUCCAUGGGGGCAGAAGAAGGGUCCUUUACUGGGGGAUACUAGGCAUUCAGAGGAACUUGUGAUUGAAGAUCCCCCACGACAGAGGAGGCGUUGGUCUCAUCGCAUGGGCGGCAUGCAGCUCACAGCGAAGUCAAUGUUGGACCUAAGGCAGCUUGACUCACUAGCCCUAUCACAGUCUAUGCAUCAGCAGGAUAUUGGAAGCAGCACCAUAAGUCUACAGGCUCUCGUAAGCAAGAUGCCAGAGCCCACAGUGAGCUGCCCACAAAAAUAUCCUCGCCCUCAUACAAUCCAACUGACCCCAUAUGGAGAUGGAGGUGUAGACCUACCAAGUCCUGACGGAGAAGAACCGGUGCUAUACCCUGAGUUUAUGGAGGACACAGUUAGUUUAUCUGGAAGUGAAUAUCAAGUGAAAGAGCUGCCCCAGGGAAAGUUGGGAAGAACUUAUCGUUGCCAUGACAAGCACAGCCCAGAUAGUGCAUGUUCUAUGGAUUACUCAAGCAGUCGUCUGUCCAGCCCAGAUCGGCCUAAAGAAGACUCCGAAGUGACAGAACCUCUCAGUAUGGAUGGCAACUCUUCAGAACUGGAAGGAGAGGAGUUAGAAGAGGAAGAUGAGGAACAAGAGGAUUGUGAGGGUUCACUCACAGAGGGUGUGGUUCCAUCUACCCCUGAUCAGGAAACCUUUCUGAAACAACAUUUUGAGACACUAGACUGCCAGAGCAGUGCAGAGGGCCAAAGUAAAACCUUGUGCGGUACAGAGAGUGUUAGCAUAUCCUCCCGAUUCCUGUCACAGACUUCAUCUAACAGGAGUACACCUUUUCCUUCCCCCACCAAAGGGGCCAACACCACUGGAAGCCCUCCAGUUUCGGAGGUGCGGCCAAUCAUGGAGAAUGAACUCAAAAAGCCAAAAGAAAGCUGUCUGGCAGAGAUCACAACAAUCCAGCCUGUGGAAAAGCCACAAGCAGCCCGCUUGCCAUUUGCAUUAAGGAAGAGGAAUCCCAUCAUUGAGAAUCGCCGAAGCACUGGAACGGCUGGGAAACCAUCAGGCUAUUCAACUGGGGGUCAAAGUAUAGCUGUGGCUCAGUGUAUAAGGAAGGCUCAAUCUGUGCAUGAUCUAGUGAUGGGCGCUGACCAAACAAUGUCUGCUACCAUUGCUGUCAAGGAGGUCCAGUCUGUGGCAGGACAGCCAUCUGAAAAAGAAGGAAAGCCAAGCCAAAGACGUGCCAUGGGAGCUGGGCCCACUUCCCCUCAAUUCAGAGAUUGCUCCAGGACCACAAAAACACGCUCUUACAUGAAUCCAACAACCAGCUCUAUGGCGAAGAUGUCCCGUUCAGUGUCCAUGGGAGACAAUCUAAACCUGACUGAAUCUGAAGAGACACUGAGCAUGCCUUCUAAUGAGAAUGGUAGCGACCUUAGAAGAGCCUCAGUAGACACUUUGAAUGGAACUUGUAAAACAAUCCCUUCUGACAAGCCAAAGCAGACAGUAGUGCUGCCUUGCCCCAUCAUAUCCCUCCCCAAAGUGGCAGUCACACCAACAAUCAGUGCAGGUUUGAAUCCCCAAAAGAACUUACAAACCAAGCUGCCUUCUUCAGGAAAUGGGAAACCUCACUUGAGUCUGGACAUUGGCCAGCCUCUGCCAGACAAACCCUCAUUUGCCUCUUUCUCGCCAAGCUCAAAGGGUAAGGUGUUUAUGGAGGAGAUGGAAGCCCCCAGUGUCUCUCCCCAAGGAAAGCAGACACCAGUGUUUGAGGAGUUGGUACACAAGAACCAGGAAGAGCAGAGCACAAUUUCACAUUCUGCUGCAGGCAAGGCUGAACUGCCUUCUGAGGAGUCUUCCGAAGCUCAUAAAGACACCUCCAGCCAGGAGCUCAUCCCCAGACCUCCAUAUCCAUUGCCCUCAUUGGACACAGCAGCCUCAGCAGUCAGUGUGGAGAACUGCAGGCUAGUGGCAAGAGACCUACAGAGAAGUCUGCACCAAGCCAUGAGCCUCUACAGAACAGUCCGAAGUGACAGUAGGGAGUCAAGCCCAGAGAAACAGGAGAUAGUGGAAAUUCUGUCUCAGACGUUCUCCACUAUGCGCACAGAGCUGGACUCUGUGGAUGAGCCUCCACAAAUCAACCAUAGGGCCCUACAGGAUGGUGAACGCACCUUGGCCCUACUGGAGCAGUACUCAGAGCUUCUGCUGCAGGCUGUAGAGCGACGACUGGAUCAUAAAUCCUGACUACUGGAGACACUUGCUGUUUGAAUCAGCUGUUGAAUAACGUGAGAGCAAGAACAAACAAAUAAAGCCACCCAAAGCCCUUAGCAUUUGCAUUUGCUCCUGCCAGAUCUUCAUUCCUAGCCAGCUAUCCUAACCUGGGCUGAAUGCUGACAUCUGCUGUCCAGUUGGAAGACCUGGUCAUUGGGCAAUUAAUUUCAAAAUUAUGGGCUGGAUCUAAGCAGUUCUUGUAACUGUGCUAGGAAUUGUUUGUCCAAUGAGAUCCUUAUAAUAGAGAGCAGCGAUCUAAGAAAACAGAACUACAGACGUGAAGUCUUCAGGUUAAAAUAGGCAGGCAGAGGAGAAGCUAGAUGAUAAAAGACAACCCUCUAGGAGAGGAGGUGUGCGCGAGAGUAAUUUACAAAGAACGAGGAUCAAGAAUUUGUGUUGUCUGCUGGUGAUCCUCGGGGCCUCACAAGGGAAAUGUCUUUCUAUUGAAAUGGAAUACAGGAGAAAAGCUUAAGAAUCCAGGUUAGAGUGAACAUGUGUGCCGCACCAAAUGCACAAGACUUCACCUGGAGCUACGAACAGUAUGGGAGGCUGCAGAAGUUCAGUGUUUGGCUUAGUGAUGUCAUUGGACUGUGUUGGGAUGGCUCAUAUGGCCAUCAGGCAGGCCUACAGAGCCAAUGACAGAGCAUCAGAAAGAACAAGAACCAGCUGUACAAAUCCACAAACGGUCCUCAUUUCAUCGUUGAAGAUGACAGGAAUUUUUUAACAUAAAUUAAUAUUUUUAACUGUACGUCUUUUUUAAUUGGUGUCCUUUGUACAUUAUUUUAAUAGAUGAUGUUUUUUCUACUGAGUAACGAGGUGCUGCUUAGCCUGCUUUGUGUCUACAUUACUAUAUACAGUAGACAUUGCAGAGCUAACACAGAGUGAAAACUGGCCAGGGUCAGAGCUGGACUCUCCUAUGCCUGCUAGCUGCAAGGAGGAGGUGUGGGGCAGACAAGCUACCUCUGUGAGACACCUUUACUGGCUGCAAGUGUACAAGAUUAACCAUGAUAAACUACCCUAAUAACACCAGAGUGCAUCUGAAGGAUUCACAAUUUGAACCAACUGCCAUCCUUUUCUACUCUUCAUUUGAUCCAUUUUUUUUUUAUGGGUCACCAAUCAGGACUUUAUGUUUCAAAGUAUUGCUUACCUGGCAUGGCUUGGCUCCCUGAGAACUUCAGUCUUAAUGAAAUUUGAAAAUGGAGCAAAGUAUUUCUGCUAGUGUUCCCUAGUGGUGGAACAAAUGAAAAGGUAUUUGCCACAGCUGCUGCAGGAUAGAUCCUAAUAUGAGAUAAACUGGUUCUUAGCAAAAUUAACCACUUAGAUUUGGUAAUCUAUUCUCCAAAUAUAAUGUUUAGGAUAAUAUUUCACAAGACAGAGAUACUGUAGCAGGGUGAUUUUUUCACUUGCAAGAUCAGUACUCUAAAUUACUGAAAAAGCUGCUUAUUGGGUCUGCCAUUCACAUAAUGUUCCCAGCUACCACCACUCCAGAUAAAGUGCCACUUACAACUGCACAGUCAGCUCUCUCCCUGUUUUCAUGUAUUUGUUCUUAGGAAAUUCACAGAUGUUCUAGAAAUUAAUCUCUCAACUACACAUUUUUAGGAAGGGUUGAGGUGCUGUAGGGAAGCAUGAAGCCUAGUAAAAUAUUAACAUUUCCCUAAAAGUAAAAUCCUAGUAAAAUAACAUUGUCCUUGCCUUAACAAAAGAUGAUAAAAGAUGACCUCCUCCUUGCUUCAUUUAUCAUUUCUUCUCAUGGAAACAUUUAAAGAUAUUUUUUUAAGUCAGCCAACCCUUUCAAGACUUGGCAUGUGAUAAAAAAUUAACUUCCUCCCUGGUUUAGCAAAAUCCAUCCAUCCACCCAUUUUCUGGUCCACUUAUCCAGUGUGGGAGAGCCAGUGCCUGUUCUGGGAGCAUUAACUAUAAGACAGGAACCAAAACAAGGUGGAGCACCAGUCAGUCACAGGGCACACUCAUUCAGACUGCGCCAUUUUAGGUUUAACAAUCACUUUUUAGAUAGAUAGAUAGAUAGAUAGAUAGAUAGAUAGAUAGAUAGAUAGAUAGAUAGAUAGAUAGAUAGAUAGAUAGAUAGAUAGAUACCUGCACGUCUGUGGCAGAAUAACAUAAUGAAUUUCUCUAAGCAAAGUGUUUCAAGAAUUCUGCUCUCCACUAAAUAAGUAGAAUGUCCGCAACAGCUUUGCUUGCAGCAAUGCAGGCAUGAGUAAGCAAAAUCCAUCCAUUAGAUAAAAUGUCUGCUUGUAGACUUCCACUAGGUCUGUUUUUGGUGAGAUGGUUGUGUAUAUGCAGACUAAAAUGGGAAAACAGCAAGCCACACUUCCAGUGUUUGAACUUUAAGCUCCCAUUUGCCUCAGACCUCAAGAGUGAAAUUAUUUGCAAAAGCUACUUUGAAGAGUUUACAGCAUAAGAUUUUCUAAUCAGUGUCUGAAAACAACUAAACCAGCUUUCAUACACAUAAAUGUUACUCUUAAGUGCAGUUAAGUAUUCAUUACCACUAGUGGCUAAGCCACCUGUGUUCCUUACUGUUAAAUACUGGCAAUAAGCAGCAUGAAACGCCUGCUGUCAUGUUCACAUUUCCAGUUUAAUUUUACCCCAAAGUACUUGAGUUCACAACAGGUCAUAAUUCCUGUAAGAAGGCUCAACAAGUUGUCUGGAUCGUGUUUGUUUUUCUUUUGUUCCAGCCAUUGCAAUUUUAAAUAAUACAGUAAUUCUAUCCCACCUACAGAAGUCAAAAUGAUAAAACAUUCACUGAGUUUCCACUAUGUAGGGAGGCUGUUGCUGAGAAGAAUGUCUAUAAAGAUCAAGCAGGUGAAACAAUAACGCUCUUCUUUAAAAUCUCCCGACAUGCAAACAAUGGAUACAGGCUGUAUGACUUGUAAGGGCAAGAGGGCCUUCAAGCAAUGGCAGGGGCCCAUGUCCUCUUUCUGUUUGAAAAGCCUCAACUCCAGUCUCUGCCUGUAUUAAAAACCAAAAAAGGUCGGAGAAAGGGCCAUUUCCAAAGAAUUUAAACCAUCUCAGGUCUAUGGGAGGUUAGAGCCUUUUCUAUGAGUGGUGGGAAAGCUUGGACAGAGCAUCAGUCCAUCAUAAAGCCCAUUCAUUCCUUCCAAUGAAUCAUAAAAACAGGUUUUAAAUAUAAGUUAAUGAAAGAUCUUUCUCACUGGUGCAAAGUGAGAAAUUCUGAGGAGGGCCAUGCAACAUAAUAAUAAUUUAAAAAAAAAACAUUCAUUCAGCCACCAUUUUCCAACCUGCAUAAUCCAUUUUGCAGUUGUAUAUGACCCAGAAGCAAUCCAGGCAGUACUAGUGGUAAUUCAGGAAGGAGUGUCAGAUCACCUCAGGGCACAAUGCCACACAUACCCCCACCCACAAUUACUAUGAUGCCAAUUUAGAUUAACCGGUUAACCUAAAACACAUAUACCUGGUGUGUGGAAGGACAGCUGAUGUUUCUAGGACCACAGACCAGACCAAAAAUUGGAACCAUGUAUCCUGGAGUAGUGAGGCAGCAGCACUAGCCAAUGUGCAAACCAUAAGAGAAACCACCAAGAAAAUAUAAAAUAAUUUGUUUGCAAGCCUUGCUCAUGCUAAGUAGUAACAAAGAAUUUCAGACGCAUCAGAAGACUUGCAAAAGAGGCCCACCUGCAUCUUGCCUUUUGUUUAUCGCUUUACAUGUUUGCAUGAGAAGGGCUUCAGAAUGUGCUAUGGAUCCCCAGCUUCAGGUCAUCAGAAACACACUUGUAGGAUGUCUUUAUGUUGAUCUUCUGGUUAAAGAUUGAUGCUUAUUUUGUAUUUUGUUAUUGUAUAAAUGCUCAGCAAUGACCAGCAGUCCCAAUGGCAUGUGCUAAAGGGACGUGCUGCUCUUGUGUCAAGGGCGUCAAAGCCAUAUGCUUGCUUGUGCACUUUUAAAUGCAUGACAGCCAUGCAUGGGCAUAGCAGCACAUGUAGGCCCGCUGCAUGUGCCCUUUGCACAGGGGGUCUUGGUAAAGGGCUUCUUUGGGUUAGCAGAUUCUUUUUUAUAAUUUAUCCUUUUUGGUGUUGCUGAAACCAAUCUUGUGUUAAUUUGGCCGUCAGCCUGAGAAUUUGACCAGUUUUUGUAAUGUUUGUACCUUAUAGUGUUUGUACUGUACAACUCACUGUACACAUAUGAAAUAAAAAUGACUAUUUAUUAAGGCCUGUA